UGGCGCAUUACUUACACAUACCAUAAGGACAGAAAUAGACAAGAAAAUCAAUUUCCCUUGCAGGGUUAGCAACUUCUGUCUUACUACAACAGCAUCACUUGGGUCGGCAUUGUGUCCACCGUCCUGGAAAUUCAGCUGGCGACGACUUGAACAAUGAAUUGGUUCGCUUCACUGUUCUCAACCGACCGUAGUAAACAGUCUGUACGACGAGGACAGGCAAUGUCGACAACGCAUGAAGCGUUCUCACUCCCAACUUCGUCAUCGGGUCAUGGGCGACAUCCAGACGCUUUCAACCCAGCGGCUCUUCAGACACCAGACCCACUCAGUCCAACAUAUACAUAUCCACCGCAAUCCCCAAUCUCUUCCUAUAGCUAUGUACCGACUUCCUCUCGCUCACGACCGGCCUCACUCCUUCCUCUUCACCACACGCCCUUUGUAGAUUCAAUGACCCCACCGCCACCUUACCCUCCAUUAGAAAAUACGUGGAAUCGCCUAAAACUAUGGCUGGCUCGUGAAUACCCAGAACUAGGCGAUACUCUCAACUACGGCAUUCUUCCACAGGACCUUGCGCAAAUUGAGAUGCAAUUUGGUUUUGCACUACCGCAGGCGGUACGGGAGUCGUAUCUCGUCGUGGACGGACAAGAAGCAGAAUCGUCAGCGGGAUGCUCAGAGGGCCUCUUCUUUGGCCUCUCGUUGCUCCCCCUCGAGGGUGUCCUCGAUGAGUGGCGUUUUUGGCGUGAAGUCGAUGAUGACCCUCAGACAGGAAGUAAUCCACAUCUGCGCGAUAUCAUGCGGUCCAUACCUGACGGCUAUGUGCGGAAAGAAUACUCGCAGCGUGGUUGGAUCCCACUCGUCGUGGAUAAAGCAGGCAACUAUAUCGGCGUGGACCUCAACCCAGACAAGGACGGCACCGUGGGUCAGGUAAUUGUCUUCGGGCGCGAGUUUGACACGAAGAUAGUGCUUUGGCAUGGGGAUGGACCCGGUGGGUGGGCGAGGUGGCUCGCAAAUUUUGUCGAUGAAUUAGAGAGCGGGGAGGGCUUUGAGCUGGGACCGGCAGAGAGUGAAGGCAGCGAGGAUGACCUAGGAUAUGAGGCCUACUUCUUUGAUGGAAGUGGGCGGGGUCAAGGCGAUGGUGGUGGGGAGGCUGGACCAGGGGGGCUGCGGCUCACCGGGGAGUAUAGAGGGUUGAACCCAAUGGAGGCAUGGGCUGACCGGAGCGUUAAGAAAUGGUACGAAUCAGGUUUGAUCCAUGGUGCUCCGUCGCUAGAUGAGAAGAAAGGCAAGGCGCGGGAGAUACAUGGCCUUGGCGUUUUAAACCUCGCUGACUCCGACGCAGUUGUUCCUAUACCCGUCUUCACGGACUUGAAGCUCACAGAAGAAACUACCGAUAUUAUACCACAGCCACCUGUUCCCGUCAUUUCCAUCACCAAACCCCCAGCUCCGUUACCCGUAGGCUUACCGACUGCCAACGAUGUCGUCUCUCUCCCCUCGCCGCCAGAUUCGCAACGUUCGUCUAACGAGGAUCUCGAAGCGGGCCGUGGGCCCGGCAUGCGGGCAAUACCAGAAGACGUAGUAAUCGUUAAAGUUCCUCCUAGACAUUCUCCUCGUGCGAAAGUGGAAACUCUUGUCGGACAGGUCAUUUCCACGGCAGACGACGUGCACAUAGAGACGCCACCCUCUUCGGUGGAAAGUGUCACUGACCUACUUGCUGACUCUGCUCCUGCUAUGGAUGCAGUUCCACUCCAACCCUCGACCCCCACUAUUGCGGUGGUAGAAAUAGAAGCUUCUGGAUCAUCAGAGCCCGUUCCUACCUUGCGGCCGUCGCAAGAGGAUACUCAAGAACCUAGCACGACUAUUCGAUUAGUCGGCGGUGGAGGCUCCUCUGGCAUUGUAGAUACCAAACCCGCAGACGAUGUUUCCGACCCAGCAGCAGAUGUCAUAUCUGUGAUUUCUUCGGGAACGGGCGGCUCUCCUUCAAAGAAGGACAAAAUCCACGAGAAGAGCAAGUCGAGCAUAUCUUCACUGAAGAAGAUUGUUAACAUCGGCGAGGGCAAGCGGAAAAAGGACUCGAGCAGUAGCAUCAAAGAGACGAUAUGACCUCCACGCGGCCUACAUACCACGGAUUCGCAUUUUUGACUUGUUCGCCGGACAUAGUUUGCUUAAUGCUUAUGUUCACUACAGCUGUGCGAGUGUGUUGUUCGAGUUUUAUUACUUCCCUUGUUACUACUACCCUGACUUUUACUCGUUACACACCCCGCUCGUUGCAUUGCAUUGCAAUUUUUGUCUGAUAUACCCAUACGUAACUACAAAUCAGUAUCAGCGUUGCUCUGCGAUUUCAGCUAAUGUAAUUUUUCUGGAGACCAAUAGGUCUCUGUUUAUAUUCCAGCUUGCCUUCAGGCAGAUGUU